CGCUGACCCUGCGGCGUUACGCGACCGCCAAACCCCUGCCGCAGAUGGUGCGGCUUUGGGAGGGAAACCAGCUGGCCUAACCACUUGCUACGUGUGGUUAGGUGGAUAACGAAGACAUUAAGGCAUUGUUAAAUGCACAGUGGGCAGCACGGAGAGCGCGACAUCGUACCGUAUUGUGCGAGAAGGUGCCCCUCACGCGCGCGCGCGCGGAUUACGUCUGUGGGAAACACCCAAACAAAUGUGACGCCUCUCCCGAUGAGGAGGAGGGGCGCAUCUGCGGCGAGCUCUCGUGACUUGGCCGAUGGCAGAGCUGUCGAACAAACGCUGCCGGCUGGAUGCGUAACUACGUUGCUUCCUCCUGCGCAUCAAAUCGACUCGGCAAAGGCGUUCCACCACAACGACCUCGCAGGCACUUUCGGAAGAAAGCGAGCGUGGUGUAAAGCGAAACUAGACUUCUUUUCUCGAGAAACACUAAAGUGCAUACCUUCGUGUAAACUGUGUGGUGCGCGAAGCGGACGAAGACGGUAGAGAGGUGCGGAUUUUGAUUGUUCCCUGCGUCUUUCGCGCGGUCGUCGGCAUUGCAGGGAAGCCUGCACUCGGUAUCGAGCGCCAUGAAUCUGUCAUUCGCGGGUUGCGGCUUUCUGGGAAUCUACCACAUCGGAGUGGCCAGUGCGUUUCGGGAGUAUGCGCCGCAGAUAUGCCUCAACAAGAUCGCCGGAGCGUCGGCUGGAUCGCUGGCCGCUGCAGCCCUCGCCUGCGAAGUUCCCUUGGGCGAGACGACGACGUACGUCCUACGCGUGGCGGUGCGUGCCCGCCAACGUGCCCUGGGUCCCCUGCACCCGGGCUUCGACAUCAACGGCAUCAUCCACGACGGCCUGUGCAAGCUGCUGCCGGAGAACGCGCACAAGAUGUGCAGCGGACGACUGCACGUCUCCCUCACGCGGGUCUCCGAUGGCAAAAACGUGCUGCUGUCGCAAUUCGAGUCCCGGGAACACCUGGUCGAGGCGCUGAAGUGCAGCUGCUUCAUACCCUUCUACUCCGGCCUGAGGCCUCCGAAAAUUAACGGAGUGGCGUACAUGGACGGCGGCUUCAGCGACAACCAGCCGUCGCUGGACGAGAACACGGUGACCGUGUCGCCGUUCGCUGGCGACAGCGACAUCUGCCCCAUCGACGACUCCUACAACCUGACGCAGAUCAACUUCAGCAACACCAGCAUAUCGAUAUGCCCGGGAAACUUGUACAGAGCGGCCCGUAUCUUCUUUCCCCCCGACCCCGAGAUACUGAGCCGAAUGUGUCAGCAGGGCUUCGACGACGCUGUUCGUUUCCUGCAGAAGCACACCAGCGUUCGGAUGCUGAAAUCAGACAUGAUCUCCUGCACCAGCUGCUUGGCAGUGCAGUCAAGUUUCGUGAUGGCGGCGCCCGAGGUGAGCCCCGACCUGAGCACCGACUCGGACGCCGAGCAGGCGUGCGACAACUGCCACAGCUGCAAGCAGCGUCAGCAGUUGGCCCUCACCGACAGCCUGCCCGAAACUAUCGUCAGAGCUAUCCAGGAUGCGUCUGACCAGCUGAACAAAGGAGUGAUCAACUGGCUCUUCAGACACCGUCCUAUGAAGCUCCUCUCCAUAUUGACCAUCCCAUACGUACUGCCCAUCGACAUCACCAUCGUCGUUAUUUGCAAGAUGUGGCAACUGCUGCCAAAGAUGCGGCGGGAAAUCCGCCGCCGGCUCAUGCGCACCCUGGGCGUGGCGCGCGACUUCACCUCCAAGCUGCAGAGCAAGCAUCCGCUGUACAGCGCGCGCUUCUCCUGCCAGCUCAACAUCACCGAGUUCAACUACACGCCGGACGAACCGGAGCCUCGACCGAAGACACCGACGGGCCCGCCGCCGCGUCGGGUGCCGGCACCGAUGCUGAGGCACGACCUGCGCAGCCGCAGCCUCGAAGACCUGGUUCGCGGCAACCCCAGACUGCAGCAGCGCCAACGCGUUCUGCAGCGCAAGUCGUCCUACGCGGGCAUGGCGCUGCCCCGACGUACAGGCAGCGAGGACACCACCGUGGUCAGCUCGCUCAACUUCGGCUUCACCAUGAACUUAUCGGGAAGCGGCGGCGGCACUACCAUCGGCGCGACCGCCGCGGGACCUCAGGGCGCCGUGGUCGGAGGUCCCGUGGAACGCUGUCGCAGGCAGAGCGUCGUCGAGGCGUUGCGGACCCUGAGCGAGGACCGCGAGGAAGACGCCACGGUGGACGCCAUAGCGCUCACCAACCAGGCGCUCAACUGGGAGAAGGAGUGCAUCGAGCGAUGCCAGAGCAAGGAGGACGCCGACAAGCUGGAACACAUCCUGGACGUGACUCAGCAGAAGGACGCACUCAUGGCCUUCUACUACACGGACUCGACGACGCACCGGGUCCGCGUCACCGAGAUCUUCAACGUCACCGACACGGCGCCCAACUCGAGGGCCUCGUCUUCCGCGUCGACUACGAACGGAGAUGGAGGCGCGCAGAAGAGGCGACUGAUGGUGGACACGUCCGGACCUGCGAGCUCCCGAAGGACGCCGCCUCUCCUGAGGAUGUCUCCGGUGGACGAAGGGACACCCACCAGUCCCGGGCAGCCGCUGUGCUUCGACGAGGGCCCGUCGACCGCGUCGUCGUCUUUGACGUCGUCGCCGUCUACGACGGCGAACGCGUGGAAUUCAUCGGCCGAGUACGCCGACGAUUCGUCGUCGCCUUCGACGUCCGGAGCGUCUUUCAACUGCGAGCACAAGGUGCCCCGCAGAAAGAACUCCGUCGCGUUCGUCACCUGUGGAACUCGCUGAAUUCGUCGGUUGUGUGCGCUGGCAAUUUAUCCUCGGCGUCUGAUGGACUGAAGCCGCCAACGCUGACCGACUGGCAGGCGAAGCCUUCGGUCGAGUUCGUCAGCUGUGAAACUCGGUGACUGAACACCUGUGCGUGCAGUAUGCCAAACUGUAUAAUGUAACCAUGGCGCCACAAAUAUGUGCCACAUUCUGAUUUAUGAUCUUAGCGUCUUGCUGUUUUCCUGCAGGAGCAAAGAAACACUCGUUAUAUGCAUUUUUAUUUAUACAGUCGUGCGUGAGGAAGUGCACGUUAAAUGUUUUUUUUUUCUUCUUCUUCUCGUUGUACUGCGAAAGACUCGAUGUACUUAUACAGUGAAUGACUUCUGGAACUCAAAGGAAUGUACUGUACACCCGAGUGACUUUUUUACAUCGGACUUUCGUGCCAACGUAUGAUGCAGAAGACAUGCGUCGUUACUUCUCGGUGAUCAAAAGAGUGAUAGAAUUGCUCAAAUAUCAGCAGCUGUUUGGUGAACAUUUCACUGUUAUGUUCCUUGGUUCUAAAGGACACCUCAGGAUGGCUGUCCGAACCAAAGAUCUCACGUUUAUUUAUUGCCAUGUCUAAAAAUGUGGUAAUGGAUAAAGCUUA